GGCCAAGAAGCCGUCCUUCGUCUACAACGGCUCGACCUACGUCGGCAAGUAUGCAAGCAAAAAUUUGAGGCAACGAGCGAAAGCUGUCAUGCGUGAAAUGCUGCGUUUUUUCUGUGUGUAGGUCUGUGCGCGCUGCGUACCCGCUUGCUACUUGCGCGAUGGUUCCCUGAUAUGCAACACUGAUAUUUGACAUGACGUGGAAAAGCCGGCUUUUCUGCUUUUCGACAGAUUUGCUCGCGCCUCCAAACUUUGCGCCGCGAUACCAAGCCGCACCCGCUGUUGGGCUUGAUCUACAAGAAGAAGUAAAUUUACGACUUCUUUCUGGCGAAGAGCAAGUGACAGCAAUAGGGACAGUUUCGCAUGACAAAAAUACGAGAAAAAAUAUGACGAUAUUCGAACAGAAGAAGAUUUACAAAGAAGGUUGUAAAAUUGUCAAUAAAGGUUUCAAAAAACGACUAUAACACAGACAACUUCGUUACGAUCGAUUUGGAGAUUAUUUUCUAGUAUCAGAAUCAGGAACACUUAGAUGUGUUUUUCGAAGGCUAUCGCGCAUACUUAUGGAAAAAUGGUAGUACUGGAAACGAUGUUGAGAUUCCUCGUCUAUUGCACGAAACUUCAGCGUUUUUUCGCAGUAUUGUAAGUUUUCAAAAAAACUAACCUGACUGACACCUGAUUCGCUUCUGGUAUUAGCACGAAAAUAGGUUUACGACGCUUGAAUCGAUCAGACGCUAUGGUGCUUCGCUUGAAGACAGAGCUAGGCGAGGAGGAUUGUGGUGUCCACUCCAUUUCUUUCCGAUUCAGACUAGUGGUUCAAGGCAGGCACGAAGUGUGACGACGUAAGGAAAGAAAAUCAACUCGCGACUGCAGAGCGUACUUUUGCCGCUGUAACGUAAGCUGGCCUUGUCUUAUCUUUCGUUCUCCUGUGUUGAUGUGUCACGAGACAACGGAGGAGUCAGCUCAGAAAGAAAUGUGAGGCACGAGGGACACUGCGUCGGUC